GUAAUGUGGAUCAAAUGGGUACCUCACUCUGGGAAUGUGUUGAAAAUGAAUGUUGAUGGUGCUUCUAAUGGGAGAAGUGGCUUAUCAGGAGGUAGGAUGGUGAUAAAAAAUUCCAAAGGGCAUGUGGUUCUGGCAGCUGCUACUUAUUAUGAAAUGGGUUCUAAUAUGCUAGCUGAAUGCAGGGCAAUGCUUGAUGGUUUACAAUUGAUUAGGAAAUAUGGUAUGGAGGAUUUUCAUUUUCUUCUUGAAUCUGUUUCCAAGGUUUUGGUUCAGAUGAUAUUGGGCCAAGCAGAGGUUCCUUGGAGGGUUAAGAGCAUUUUGGAGAAAAUUUGGAAUUUGCUUCAUGGAUUGCCCUUUUAG